AUGAAUUGUAAUUUCCCUUCCUCUUCCUUCUUCUCCUUCAUCAAUCCUCACCUGGAGGACAAUGAGUCAGACAGUUACAGGGACACCUCCAUCACCGACCUGGCAUAUUUUUACGACCAGUCUCUCAGAACUGACCUUGAUUCCGACGUGAAUAUGGAGUCAGCCUGCCUGCCAAACAAAUACCCACCGAAUGAUUUGUACCACGUCACGUCGGCGAACACUGCAAAUUCAAAUCUCUACGAACCAAACUUCAUCGAGAUGAACAAUUGUUACGCCAGCAUGUUGGAUUACUGCAACGCCAACACUAGCAACCACAACAACAACACUAGCAACCACAACAACAACACUAGCAACCACAACAACAACAAGAGCAGCAACAACAACAGCAGUAACAACUACGACGACGACGAUGACGAUGAAGAUGAUAACGACGAUAAUGAAAUAAAUGAGCCAUACAAAGAACAACAUUUACAGCCUGUUGAUUCACUUUUUUAUAACUAUCAAGGUGAUGCAAAAUCUCUUUAUUCACUGCAAGCCAACCUUCUGCCGCCCUCACAUCAUCUUCAACAACAACAACAACAUCAGCAACAACAGCAACAGCAACAACAUCAGCAACAACUGAAUCAUCAUCAUAAUCAUCUUCUUCUUCAUCCUCAUCACCAGACUCUGCACGCGCAACUCAAUGACGUCAGUUUUUCAUCGGACCACCCGAAAGAUGGCUCCGUUGAUGAUGAUUGUCGUGAGUGCACAAAAUUGGUUGAAAGAUCAAUGGACUGCCCACCACCGCCCGCCGUGUGCCCCAUAACAUCGUGCACAUAUUCAGCUGCCUUCCCCGCUAACAAGUGGGUCAAAACAGUGGUCGAAUGCGAAGGGAGCGGCGGUUUGUUUGGUGAAUUGAAGUGGGUGCCAGUUAGCGAGCAUAAACAUAGCGACCAACAGUUGAACAUGUAUCCAGACAGUUAUUCGAACUUUAUGAUGGGUUUGAGUCAAGCCCAGGUCGGCCUACAGCCGUCCAGUGCCCCAAUGCUCGAUCCUCAUGGAUGCAUGGCGCUCCAGUUUAAUAACCAUUCCAUUCCGUCCGGCAUUCAGUAUUCUGGAGCAUAUGACUCAGUUAGGAAAUCGAGCGAUGUGUUAGCAGAACAACUGCAGCAACAGCAAUUGCAGCAACAAUUGCAACUCAUUCAACAGCAGAACAAAAUACAACAACAUCCAACAAAUUAUCUUUCCUACGUUGACAACCCACUGACUUAUCAAAUUCUCAUGGAGCAGCAGCAGCAACAACAACAGCAACAACAAUUUCAACAACAGCUGCUGCUAAUGCAACAGAUGAAUCCAUAUUUUCAGCAACAACAGCAGUCACCUCCGACUGACACCAUUCGUCAGUUUGUAAAAAAUGCUUCAAUAAACCAAUUCAUCCAAUGUAUGGAGAGCCAACAACAGCAGCAGCCGUGGAACAUGGAUCCUCUCGCAUUUUCUUUGUGUCGCAAGAAGCCGCCCAUCGCUGAAACUCCAAUGUGUCCAGAACUGAAAGACAUCCUGGCCUAUCGAUACAAGUUGCACGAACUCAAUUCUUGA